AAUCGGUGCCGCUUUGCUUGUCUAGUUGAGAGUGUUUUAGUGUCGCCAUAAUGUCUGGCCGCGGCAAGCAGGGAGGCAAGGCGAGGGCGAAGGCGAAGUCUCGCUCUUCCAGGGCAGGGCUCCAGUUCCCCGUCGGUCGCGUCCACCGCCUCCUCCGCAAAGGGAACUACGCCGAGAGGGUAGGAGCCGGAGCCCCAGUGUACCUGGCCGCAGUGCUGGAGUACCUGACGGCUGAGAUCCUGGAGUUGGCUGGCAACGCGGCCCGGGACAACAAGAAGACCCGCAUCAUCCCCCGCCACUUGCAGCUGGCCAUCCGCAACGACGAGGAGUUGAACAAGCUCCUUGGCAAAGUCACCAUCGCCCAAGGAGGGGUCCUGCCCAACAUCCAAGCUGUGCUCUUGCCCAAGAAGACCGAGAGCCACAAAGCCAAGGGGAAAUAAGGUGAAGCCUUGAUCCCCGAUUAAAUAAAAAUCCCCUCGCUGAA